AUGCGCGUUGCGCGCCGCCCCGCCCUACCGGCCGGCUCGGGGCCGGAGCGGAGACAAAGGCGCCGCGCCCCCCCCCCCACCUCCCGCCCCGCCCCGGUUAUAACGCGCCCCCCUCCCGGUACCGCGCCGGCCCAUGGCUGCGGGGGCGGCUCCAUGCCCGGGGGGGAGCCGGAGGCGGGUGGGGGGCCGGCCGGUAUGGCGGGAGGGCGGCAGGGCGGUGGCGGCAGUGCAGCCGCGGGGGUGUCGGUGAAGAUGGCGCUGCGACGGGCCUACUCCAUCAAGGACAAGCUCCAAGCCAUCGAGCGGGUGAAGAAGGGCGAGCGACAGGCGUCUGUGUGCCGGGCCUUCGGGGUGCCGGGGGGUACGCUGAGGGGCUGGCUGAAGGAUGAGGCCAAGCUACGGUGGUUCCUGGAGCAGCUAGGGGGUGAGGUGGGCACCCAGCGCAAGAAGAUGCGCCUGGCUAACGAGGAGGAGAUCGACCGCGCCGUCUACUCCUGGUUCCUCGCACUCCGCCAGCAUGGCGUCCCCCUCUCUGGGCCCCUCAUCCAGGCCCAGGCCGAGGCCUUCGCCCGGCAGAUCUACGGUCCUGAGUGUACCUUUAAGGCCAGCCACGGCUGGUUCUGGCGCUGGCAGAAGCGUCAUGGCAUCUCCAGUCAGCGUAUCUAUGGGGAGGGUGGCCUCCCCACCGAGCCUGAGCGGGCUCCCACUGCCUGCCCCGAGGCCCUGCCCGUGCCAGCUGCUGAUGCUGGGGGCUAUGGCGACGAGCAGAUCUACAACACCAACAUCACUGGGCUCUACUGGAAGCUGCUGCCAGGGCAGACUGGCGGAGCAACGGCAGCAGCACGGCGGCGGCCGGCUCCCCGUGAACGGGUCACUGUGCUGCUGGCUGCCAACCUGACUGGCUCCCACAAGCUCAAGCCGUUAGUGGUUGGGGGCCUUCGUGAUCCCCCCAGCCUCCGUCAUCACAACCAGGACAAAUUCCCUGCUUGCUACCGCUACAGCCCCGAAGCCAGGCUGGGGCCAGCCCUUCUUCGGGCUUGGUUCUUUGAGGACUUUGUGCCGGGUGUCAAGCGCUUCCUGCGACGGAGCUGCCUGCAGCAGAAGGCUGUGCUGCUGCUCAGCUCCCCACCACCCUCCUCCGGGACUGGCUCUGAGGAGUCCCCGCCACUGCAGACACCCGACGGCUCCAUCCGCGCGCUCUUCCUCUCCAAGGGCCCUGCUGGCAGCAGCUCGGCCGGAGGAGGAGGCCGAAUCCCGGCCCCACUGGAGCAGGGUGUGGUGUCCGCCUUCAAGCAGCUCUACAAGCGGGAAUUGCUGCGCCUUGCUGUCUCAUGCGCGGCUGGCAGCAGCGGCUCGGGUUGCCCCAUGGAUUUUGUGCAGUCCUUCCUCCUCAAGGACAUGUUGUACCUGGCUGGCCUCUCCUGGGACCUCAUCCCCCCCAGCUCUAUCGAGAAGUGCUGGCUGCUGGGGCUGCGUGCCGCCUUCGAGCCCCAGCCUGGGGAGGAAGAGCAUGGAAACCCCCCACGUGGGGAGGAGGGUGGAGGGGACAGCAAAGUCUUUAGCGACCUCACCCACCUGGCCGCAUUGGCCUACAAGCGCUUGGCUCCCGAGGAGGUGGCUGACUGGUUGCACUUGGACGAUGUGGCCCCGGGUACGGAGGAGGAUGAUGGGGAAGAGAAUGCUGAGGAGGAAGGCCCUGGGGGCUGUGGGGCAGAGGAGGAGGAGGAGGAGGCAGCUACCCGAGAUGGGGAUGGUAGAAGGGGUGGAGAAGGAGGAGAUAUCUUGCUGCCCACAGCUCGGGAAGCCAUCAAAGGUCUGGAGACAGCACUGCGCUGGCUGGAGGGUCAGGACCCCCAGCAAGUGGGGCCGCUGAAGCUGGUGCAGCUCCGCUCCCUCAUCAGCAUGGCCCAGCGGCUACACCGCGGUGGCAGCCCCCAUUCCUAGGGCAGGGCAACCUGUGACCUCUCAGCUACCAACCACCACACUUGAGGUGUGGGGGGUGAAGGGGGCUGGGGACAUCCCUUUUGUCCCAGGAGGCUGGCAGCAGAGGUGCCAGCUCCUCUUACCCCUCUGUCACAGGCAGUCACUAGAGCUCAGGAGGCCCAAACGCCCCUGGGUUAUUACAGCUAAGGGGGGGUUACAGUUUAGGGCUAAUGGGGGGGGGGGGGGGUUUGUGCAACAACUCCUCCGUACAUUGCAUAUUCCGAGGGUUAUUCCUCACCUGAGUAUAUUUAGGAGGUGCUAUUUUUUAAGUCACAUGAGACUGAGUGGGGUUGGCCCCCUAGUCACUGGCACCACUAGAAGGGGGUGGGUGCCUCCCGUGCUGCCCAGUCCCUCUGACCCCGUGAGGAGGAGUGAGAGAGGGACAUCCUCAAUAUCACCACGAGGAGCUGGGAUGAUGGGGGAAGUUACACUAAGUAAUUCCUUGCAUCUUGGAGCGGGGCUGGGGUGGGCACUGCCGGCUGGACAGGGACCACUCCUGGGUGGAAAGCAUUCUGCCAUGGAGGAGGCUGGUGAUGCUCUUCCUACUGCCAAAACAGAGCCCUGUUAAACCGGGGAGGCUUGAGGCUGGUUUAAGACAACUUUCUUCAUGCACUGGAUUGGGACAGGGACACCUGGGGUGGCAUCCAUGAAGCUGCAACUCCCCAGAGAGGGUCGCCUUCAUCAUUCCCAUGACAGCCCCAUGCCUGGGAACACCCAGACCACAGAGACCUGCUGAAACAGGUACCAUCACCUGAGAAUCCUCAUGAACCCAAAGGCUCCAGGGAUGGGGGUUAAGGUGCCACUCCCAGGGUCUGCGGGGCAGUUGGGGAUGGAAGAUGCAUCUCACAGUGCAGGGCAGAUGGCCUGCCAGUGUGACAUGCAUUGUGAGUUGAGAUGGGAGCAGGGAGGGCUCCCAGCACUGCCUUGAAAUACUGGAGGCAUCAGAUGUGAAUUCAGCAACUGUUGACCUGAUUUCAAUUAAAUAUUAGCCUGCUUAGCCAAAUUAUUGAAAGGAGAAAAAAACCCAACAACUCAUCAGUGCUGCCAUGCCCAUGUCAGCAGGCAAGGUGGGUGUUUUUACUUGUUGAGUCUUUGUCUCAUAACAUCAGAGUUUAUGAAAAUUAAAUGGAUUUUUAUUGCCA